AUGUCAGAACUGGUCGAUAGGCUUGAUCAGGCCAGUGAGAUCCAUGCCCUCACUGGCAUUUGCGGAGUCGCAUCCAUCUCUGUUGGAGUUUUGCAUCAAGGAAAGCAAGUCUACAAGUAUAGCACCGGCUUGCGCGACGUUAAAAACAAUCUGCAAGCGACUCCAGAAACAAGCUAUCUACUCGCGUCCUGCUCCAAAGGGUUCCUAUCUUCAGCGAUAGGUAUUCUUGUAGAAGAGGGCACAUUAUCAUGGGAUGACCUGAUCAGUAAACACAUACCCGAUUUUAAUCCUGUCGGUGACCCUCGUAUUAGAGCUGAGGCGACGAUACGUUCAGCUCUUUCACAUACUGUUGGCCUGAGUAGGCCCCAGAUCUUCCUUCUUGGGCCUAAUUGCUCCAUAGUCUCAGAGGAAGAUAAAUAUGUCGAGUUUCUAAACCACAUAUCUACCGAGAACGAUAAAACCGGCCAGCGCUUUGACACUUGGUGGGAGUAUAAUAACCUUCCGUAUGGGCUUAUCAGCCUGAUCGUGCAGAAGGUCACAGGACAAAGUUAUUCGGAAUUUCUCAAGAAACGCAUAAUUGAACCUUUGGGUCUGAAAAAUACAAUAGUCUCUUCAGCUGAACUGGGUCCUUCCUCCAACAGAGCUCACGGCUAUGCUAAGCUUGAUACUGGAGAAUACAGGAAGCUUAGAUCUGGGGACACUUAUACCCGCGAUGAUCACUCCCCCCUCUUAGGCGUUAUUGGUUUGCAAAGUUCUGUUGUUGAUUUGCUCAAGUUCUCAGCUGCAAUGAUGGAGGCUUACAGUUCUGAGAAAGGGGAAUUAGGGUCUCUAGACAGUUCUAUUAACCCAUUAAGACAGAUGCUAGAAAUCUGGGGUCCUCAAUGGACUCGUCCGAUGCAAGAUGGUUUUAACAACGAACUAGCAUACUGCAUGGGGUGGUAUUCUGGAUACACGCCAACAGCUGGUCUCGGUUAUAUGGGCACAAAUCACGAGGUCAGAAAACAAGACCAGGAGGUUUUCAACAACAAAUACAUCCUAGGACGUGAAUCUCCCCGAAGGUUCUUCGUAGGGCACCAAGGCAAUGCCAAUGGAUACUCCUCGGCUAUGUAUCUCUUUCCAGAGACGAAAAGUGCUGUCGUCGCUCUCACAAACGGCGGAAAUUUAGGCGACGCUGCCGACUUUACAGCCAAGAUACUGAUCCAAGCACUGUUCGAUACUAAGCCGCAUAUCGACUAUCUGAAGCUGGCUCAAGAGGAGGCGAAUCUACACAGGCAUUGGCAUAACCAGCUUUUGGUGGACUGGCUGGCUCACUCCGACAUCAUGCGGAAAGAGGCUGACUUGAACGAUUAUGUUGGCAAUUAUACCUGGAGCAACAUCAUAGUCAAUAUUUUCAAAUGCGAGGAGACGGAACACCUAGCUCUCACCAUCAACGGCUAUAAAGACUCAAGAUGCGAUCUGGAGUUUUAUGCAAAGGACGCCUAUAGCUUCACGCCUCGGACAAGGGAUGAGUGGCUGUACAAAGGCAUGAUGGACUGGGAACAUUACUUCGUAGGAAACAUACAAUUUGGACGGGAUGAGCACGGCAUUAUUGACAGGCUGAACUGGAAAUAUGAGCCUGACGAAAAACCAGCCUCGUUUCGAAGAAAGAAAGAUAACGGGGAACACUCAUGCAUCUUAAUGUAA